AUGCAGCCAAUGGCCCGGAAUGCUCUGCCAGGCUUGGAGAUUGUGCUGGUAUGCCUGUUGGUGAUGGGCGUCGCCAGCACAGCUCGCGCGAUGGGCCCUUUCGCAAGAGGCAACACGUUUCCUGGAACAUUGAGAUGCGUACUGCGCGCCAAUAUGGCGGCUCAUGGCGUCGUUGGAGCUUCGGGAGCGCCUAACUCACAAGGCACCCUCGAUAUCUACGUGUACAGCUUCAGGAACCAUAUCAACGUGCGAGUGAUCCUUUUCUCCUACGGCCUUGACAGCAACUCGAAGCCUCUCAAUCAAACCAUCAAUUUCGGGCCCAAGGGACUCAACGGUGGAUGGCUGUGGAACAUCACGGGGACGUGGGUGCCGCAGAGCGACAACCAGAUGCAACUCGACUCAUGGCGCGACCUUCCAGGCUUGCUGCUUCUACUAUCUCUCUUCGCCGCGACAGCCUCCGCAUUUAACGGGGUCGGACCCGUCGAACGAAUCGCCCCGCCGCCCGGGAUUUUAAGAUGUAGCUUGCGGGUGGAUCUGAAGGACAAUGCCGUCAUCAGCUCGUCGCUCGGCGGGGAUCUCGGCGGCAAUGGCGACCUAAACAUCUACGUGUACAAGUAUCAAGGCGGGAUCGACGUCCAUAUCAGUUACAACACGCACGAGCUUUCGCUCCCAAUGCCGCCUCUCAACCAAUCGAUUAACCUCGGGAGACGUGGCGCGAACGGUGCUGUGGUGUGGAACAUCGAGGGCACGUGGACACAACGAAACGAGGAUCAGUUGGAACUGAAGCGCGUCUUCAAGCGUGCACCGCAAGUUAUGAUCCCCGGUACAGGCAUGUCCGUCUACAAGAUGGUGAAAGCGAUAGAGAAGAAUCCAGGCAAAUACUACGCGACAAUUGCAACGGACAUGUACCCGGAGGGAGCGAUUCGCGGGCAGUUUUUCCGCGGGUUUCCAACCCAGCUAAUCCGUAGGCCCGCAUGCUAG